AUGGCUUUUGGAUAUAAGAAAGUCCUGAUCAUCGGCGCCACCUCCGGGAUUGGCAAAACACUGGCUGACAAAGUCGUCCAAAAUGGAUCAAAAUUAAUUGUCGCCGGUCGCAGAAAGGAGAACCUCGAUGAGAUCGUCCAGCGAUAUGGCACUAACAAGGUCUCUGCAAAGGCAUUCGACAUCAUGCAGCUCGAGCAGAUCCCACAAUUUGCCUCCGAAAUCAUUUCGGAGAACCCCGAUCUUGACUGCAUCUUCGUCAACUCGGGUAUCCAACGACCCUUCGAUUUCUCCAAGCCGGAAACCGUCGAUCUGGACAUCUUUGACCAAGAACUUACCACGAACUAUACAUCCGCGGUCCGCAUAACCAAAGCAUUCCUCCCACACUUGCAGAGUCAGAAGACCACAACAGCCAUCGCAUUCACGACGUCGCAGAUGGCGCUCGUGCCCAUGAUGCGAUGCCCGAAUUACGGUGCUUCAAAGGCUGCUCUGCACCAUUUCAUCCUUGCUCUCCGCACCCAGUUGCAGAGUGGUCCUGGGGAUGUGAGGGUUCUGGAGAUUUACCCUCCGGCUGUACAGACUGAGCUUCAUGAUGCUAAGCAUCAGCCUGAUUUGAAGUGUGGACAUUUGAUUGGGAUGCCGUUGCAGGAAUUUGUUGAUGAAGUUUGGGAUCGGAUCUCAGAGGGCGAGGAUCAGAUUCCUAUCGGGUCUGCGAGGGACAUUUAUACUGCGUUCGAGGUUAAGAGGCAGGAGUUGUAUCGGGAUAUGACGGAGUUGCUUUCUGGGUUGUUGAAGCAGUUUUUGAGGUAG